AUGCGAGAUUGUGGAGCUGGCAUACUCAGCCAGUGCCUGCCGGCGAAUGUCACCUCUUUGGACAUGAAGGAGUCAGAUGGCAAACGUGGCGCUGGCCUUGGGGCGUCCGGGUACAAGGUUCUCUCGCAAUGCCCGAACCUGCAAGAGAUCGACGGCGUUCCACUCAGAGACUUCCAGGAGUCGCAAACCUCCCUGGACUUCUCGGCCCGUCCGCCUCAAUCGGCGGGCGCUGUUGCGGCGAUCAUCGCAAGAACGGUGCUCACACCGAACCUGCAGCACUUAGAUUUGUCCGGCAGCAACCUCACCAGCAAGUCGCACGUUCAUCCCUUGACCCCGGUUUGCGGCGGCUCGGGAGGGAUUGGCUGCAACGGCGGCUGCGAUUGCCGCAACUAUCAGGGCUCGAACUACUACACCCACUGUGCCGAAUGUGAUCUGGACUUCUGCUCCACCUGCUGCAUGUCUCCGUGUCCGAUGAUAGAUUUGGCCGAGUCUCUGGUGAGACUUCCUCACCUGGUCACUUUGAAGCUGGCAGACUGCUGCUUCCAAGGGGGUCGGCUCGGACCGGUGCGAUCUCAUCUGGACAUCGAAGGCUACCAAGUUUUGGGCGAUGCUCUCCGUCGCCACCCGAACAUCACGGAGCUCGACCUCAGCAAGAACUUCUUCCAAGGACCGGGCUUCCCGCAUUUGCUGCGUGGCGUGGCCGAGAUGAAGGCACUGUCUCUGGUCAAGCUUGGCACAGCGCCGAUUCGCUUUCAGGACGUUAAGAGCCGCUGUCGGGGCGGGGAAAGGAGUUCGCUGCUUAAUUAG